CAGGUACGUACCCCUGCCUCUCCUUUAAGCGUCUCCUUUAACGCCCCGCACCUACCGUCGCGCUGCCGCCGCCCCGCCACCGCGACCCGGCCGGCCGAUGAGCUCGCUGCGCCGUCUUCAAUGCCCGCUGCCACCCCCGCUAUAAAACACAGGCCUGGCCACCCCCCUCUCCUCACUCCAUCCUUGCACUCCCACAGGCCACAGCAGCAGCAGCACAGCGAGAAAGCCUCACGCGCAUCUCUGGUCUAGCGAGGAGCGAUCGAGGAGAAGCGGAGGCGAGCGGCAGCGAUGGCGAGGUCUGCCAAGAUGAUGGCGGCGGCGGCCCUGCUGGUCCUGGCCGUGGCGGCGGCGACCGCCGAGGCGAGGAACAUCAAGACGGCGGACAAGAAGCAGGCGGACGACGCGGCGGUACAGCCACAGACCUUCCCGCCCUUCGACCGCCUCGGCGGCGGCAUGCCCGGCGGCAGCAGCAGCCUCCCCGGCAGCAGCAUGCCGUUCCCCUUCCCCAGCAGCGGCGGGCUCACGCCGGGCUUCGGCAGCAUGCCCGGCUUCGGCGGCUUCGGCGGCUUGCCCGGCUCCCCCGCCGCCGUCGGCUCCGUCCCCGAGCACGCCACCAAGCCCUGAAGAAGUCCUCCCGCCGGAGCCCGGGAUAUAGCUCCUCGUCGUCGUGCCUGCGUGGUUGGUUUGGUUGGCCGGUCGGCUUCCCCGUUCAUCUGUGCAGUUAGGCUUGCACCUACGUCUAGCUAGCUAUAGCUUUGUAUGUGUUCUACUGCAUCGUGCAUCUAGUUAUUACCUGCUCGCAUUGCAUUGGAGAGAGUUGGGGAUGUGUUGGUUCUUGUGUUUGAUUUGUUGCUUGGUUUUUAGGUUAAUUAUCGUCAAUGGUGUCUGUGUUCUUGGUGUUGUACUGGUGAUGUUGUUCAGGCAUGAAUAAUGUUCGUGUGAUGCUUGUGUUGUGGAUUUGGUGUAAUGUAAGCUAGUUUUCGUUGUCA